AGGAAAGCUGGCGAGCGAACAUCCGAUCCCUUUUUCUUCUUCCCCGCGCGCAACCGUACGUGCAGUGCGUGUUGAUCUCAUCAUCAAACACAACUAGAUCCAAGUCGGCACGCACUCAACAGCUAGCCCUGAGCUAGCUCCGACUCCGAUAUAUGUAUGAUGCAGCUCAGCUAUAUAUAGAUAGAUAGAUGGAGCCAUGGCCUCGCACUGCCUCUUCACCAUCAUCAGCUUCAAUUCAUUCUAGCUCCUUCCACACGCGUCGUAGAUGAACGCACGAUCGAGCUCACACCGAGAAGCAGCUACCGACCAAGACGAAGACGAAGCGGCGCUAGGGUGCAUGGGACUUUCCUUGUGUUCCCAGCAGAGAUCUCCGGCCAGGCCAGAAAUUGCGACCAGGGGUAUUCGUGAUCGCCUGCAACCCAGCGCUGCUGCUGCUAUUCAGAAGGGCCGUGGUGAGGGCGAUAAGAUCAAUAUGCCGCCGACCACCGUGACGGCCAUCCAAAGCAACGAAAGGUUGAAGAACGUCUUGAGGCAGGCCAAGGAGUCAAACUCCAACCUGGUGGUGCUGGAGUUCACGGCGCCGUGGUCGGAGCCGUGCAAGUUCAUGAGGCCGGCGCUGGAGAAGAUCGCCUCCGACUUCAAGGAUCACGCCGACUUCUACACGCUCGACGUCGAGCAGUUCAAGACAUUUGCUCGCAACACCCGGGUGGAGGCGCUGCCGACGUUCCUGCUGGUGAGGAAGACCAUCUUGGAGCGCGUCAUCGGCGUCAGCAAGGACGAGCUGCGGCGCAGCAUCGAAAAACACAUAUCCGGCGUUGCCAUUGAUCAUUGCCAUCCAUAAAUUAAAUCCAUGUCUAUUCAUCUGUUAGACUCACACUCAUCAACACAUACAUGCUUGUUACACUACAAUGUUUUAAUUUCCUGAUCCAAUGGUGUGUAUAUAUACAGUUUCUUUCGGUGAAACUGCCGGCCACUGUCGACUAGAGACACUACUACAUAAAAAGGAUUUGGAGGGGCGAUCAAAAUGGUAUUUCUAGAUGCAGAUUGGCAGCCCGUUGCUACAAAUUAUUUUAGUAGCAGUCAGACUAGCUACAAAUUAUUUUUGUAGUAGUGAGACUAGCUAGACGUACAAUUUUUUAUAUAAGAUGAACAAGAACAUAUAGUUUGUGGAAGCUGAAUCCUUUAUUGAAUUGUGUAUAUAAGUGCACCCUGCUAGGAAUGGGCAAUAAUAAUAAUUCUUUGAUUUCUUAUGUAA